AAUGCGCCUACCUGGGGAAUUCUGCAUGGUAUGGAGAACAAACCCAGCGGCCGCUCACCUAGAUUCCUACAGUGCCCCUACCUAGGGAUGAAAAGGAUGGUCAGUUAGCUGGAGACCUAGAAAAAGGUGCAUAAGAUGGUGUUCGAGUUGUGCGAAUUGCAAGAUGAAACCAGUAAUUAUAGGCCGUUAAAGCAAGCUGCGCAGAGGAUCCCUACUUAAUCUCAAAUUGAUGUGCAGAAGACAAUGGAGUUGCUGUAAAGCACUAAUACAAUUACAACUGGGUGGUGCCUCCAUUGCCAAUCGGCAACAACGAUGCAAGACAAGAUCCUCAGGAAUUUCGUGUAGAUAUGGGACGUCGUGACCAAGUGGUCACUACAUUUUGUUUUUUCAAUGUGCACACCGCUUGUUUGAGCUACCAUUUGUGUCAAGAACCCCCGCCACGUACCAACCCAACAUCCACUGCAACCAGCAUCAGGCCUCGUGAAAGCAAAGUUCAGAUCAUAGCUCUGUUUCCGUUUUCGACAAAAUCAAAAGUGAUUAAAAACAAUUUCGAACUUGAAGAUAUUAGCUGUGGGAAAAAUCAACGUUCUGCAUCAAGCAGCAAGACAAAACUAGCGUAGUGUCAGCAACGGAAGAACAGUUUUUGUUCAAAAUGGUGAAGCAGCUCGCGACUAAAGAGGAGUUCGACUCCUUCCUCGCCGGCAACAAACUCGUCGCUGUGGACUUCACGGCAACUUGGUGCGGGCCGUGCCAGAUGAUCGGCCCGGUCUUCGUCAAAAUGGCGGAACAAUACACCAACGUGGCGUUCUGCAAGGUAUUGAUACAACCUGGAAUUGAGUUUGUGUUGCUGGAAACAAAACGCACGAGCGCGUGUAGUCGAUUCUGUCAUGCACGGUAGGCAUAACUGUUCUAUGUGCAUGAUGCAGAUGAAGACGCUGUAGUGAGUUUGUCAUGCGAAAACCGCCUAUAUCUAUGCCACGAUUUUCAUUUUGUCAUGCGUACAACACAUUAUACGCAAGCCUAAAAAUCCCUGAACAAAAAAUAUCCAGGUCGACGUCGAUGAGAACGGCGACACCGCGGAAGCGUGCGACAUCAACUGCAUGCCAACCUUCAUCUUUUUCAAGGACGGACAGAAGUUUGACAAGUUUGAGGGCGCGUCGGAGCCGAAAUUGAAGGAAUUCAUCGAAAAGUUGGCGGCGGCUGCUUAAGUCAUGUUUUCCGAAACAAGAGGAUAUCGUCCUUCAGGAUCGGGUGCAGCACCUUCGUUCUCAACUCAUACCAAAACGAUCUUCACGACCGAAACUAUAACAGCGACACGAGGUGAACAAGAGCGAGACGACUGCAGCUUGUACUUACCACAUCCGGCUAUAUUGAAGUUGUGCCGCUCAGAUUUUGCGCGACGAGCAUCAUGAACGUGUUGCUUUUGCAUCCGCUACAAGCUUCUUUCUCGUGUAGUGGUUGCUCCUCACACUGCGCGGAGAGAAGUUUUUGUUUCAUUGAGGAAUAAUAGCAUGUUGCUUCAUCAGCAUCAUCAUGAAACGCAGCAGCUAUCAAGUAGAUAACGUAGAGGAGGAUAAUUAUCGGCGGCAUCAAAUACCAAUGACUAUCCAGUUGUACACUACCUAUCACCCUUGUCUACCCUUAACCUCAUGCCGCAACCCAGACCAGUAUUGAAGUUGUAAGCAGGAGGAGAGGCUUGUUUCUCACCACCUCUGACAACUGCCGGCUGAAACUUUAUUUACACGACCAGCGCAAUGAAAGUGUUUAUAUCAGGUUUAUCAGAUUAAGCAAAACAAAAACUGUAUGCUGAAGUUCUUGUAACGACAGCGAGACAGCUUUUCAGAAUCAGAACCCACCAGAAUUAUCUUAUCGAAACCAUACAGUUGUCAGAAAGAGACAACUACGGACUGUGCAAGAUCUACACGAAGCUGGUUUUAUUUUCAGCACGCAAAACCAACCCCCACGAGAGGUUAAAGACGGGAAAUAACACGAAUACAGGGCCAGAACCCGGCCACAGACUCGCAUCGCGACGGACAUCAAGAAUACUUUUCCGCAAUUAUAUACGAUUUCUUUGAGAAUGAGAACUUUAUCAAGGCCCCUGCGCCCUGUCACAUCAAA